AUGGAUCGAAAGUUUAUAGACGAAGUGGUAGAUGCACAUAAUGUUUACAGAUCUCGCCACCAGGUGUCGCCGUUAUCUCAUUCGCGAGAAUUGUCGCAGACGGCACAAAAAUGGGCGGAACAGUUGGCGGCCACCAACAGUUUUCAGCACAGUAGUUCCUCAUACCGAGGCGAAAGUUUAGGCGAGAACAUCGCUAUGAAAUGGUCCUCGAGACCCGAUAGCUACACAGGUAAAUGUAGUCAGGAAGUAACAGAUCAAUGGUAUAGCGAAAUCAAAAUGAUAUUUAUCUAUUUGCGGUUUUUCUCAUUUUCAGGUCAUUUUACGCAAGUGGUAUGGAAAGGCAGUCGAGAGAUAGGUGUUGGUAAAGCUACCACUAAAGAUGGUAAAAUUAUUGUGGUGGCUAAUUAUUUACCAGCUGGUAAUAUGCUGGGUGAUUAUUCACGGAAUGUCCUGCCUCCAAGAGAUGGGCAGACUUCAGUACCUCAAACACAGCAAAGAGGUACGUUACGUUAUCUUAAAAUGGAUAACAAUAUGGUGACAAAGAUCAUUGAGGAAGAGACCAUCACCAAACCUAAUGGCGAAACAGUUACUAAUAGAAAGGAAUCCGUUAAAAAGGACGAUUCCACUGGAAGUGGUUCCAAUUGGAUCCUUAAUCCUAUUUACUUGAAUCAAACUAUAAAAUCUGGCAGUAGUAGUAGUGAUUCGUCAUCAGAGACCAGUAAAAGACCUAAAACAAUGUCUGAAUUUACGGAUAGUUCUUUGAAGCAACAUAAUAAAGUCCGGGCGAAGCAUGGAGUGGCUCCAUUGAAGCUCAGUAAAGAUCUCUGUGCUCAUGCCCAAAAAUGGGCGGAACAUCUGGCCUCCUCGGAUAGCUUUCAACACAGUCAGUGUACCCUGGGGGGUGAACGUGUUGGAGAGAAUAUUGCCUGUAAAUGGUCCUCAGGUGGCGGAGAUUAUUCUAGUCAAGAGGUUCUAGAUCAAUGGUAUAGUGAAAUUAGUAAACAUGAUUAUAAUUCAGAACGUUCACUCGGCACCGGUAAGUCGAACUGCCACUUUACGCAAGUUGUAUGGAAAGGGAGUAAAGAAUUGGGAAUUGGUAAAGCUAAAGCUGCAGGUGGUAAAAUAAUUGUCGUAGCCAACUACAGACCAGCUGGGAAUAUGAUCGGUCAAUUCCGACAAAAUGUCUUCCCUCCCCAAUAG